CUCUGCGGUGGUUCAAGAUGGCGGCGCUGAAUAGCGUCAUGAGCGAUUCGGAAAGCAGCAGCAGCAGUAGUAGUGAUGCAGAGGAGCUGGCGCGGUGCCGCGAGGCGGCGACGCCGGCCUGGGGCUUGGAGCAGCGCCCGCGGGGGCCGGACAAACCGAGAGACGGUGCUGCAAAUAACCAGUUGCAAACCUUCCAACCAAGCCUCAGGCAUAAGGUAGAUGAGCAUGAACAAGAUGGCAACGAGCUUCAGACCACCCCCGAAUUCCGAGCCCAUGUGGCCAAGAAACUGGGAGCCCUGCUGGACAGCGUCAUUACCAUCUCAGAAGUAGUGAAGGAGCCAACAAAAACUAAGGUACAGAAAGUCACCUCGGAGGAUGAUGGUUUCCGCCUUUUCUUCACAUCUGUCCCUGGAAGCCCUGAGAAGGAAGCUUCUCCCAAGCCCCACAGAAGGCGACAGCCCUCCAGCUCCAGCAGCGAGGACAGUGAUGAGGAGUGGCAACGGUGCCAGGAGGCAGCCGUGUCAGUAUCCGACAUCCUGCAGGAGUCAGCCAUCCAUAAUCCUGUCAGGGUGGAGAAGGAAGCAAGGAAGAAAAGGAAGUUGAAAAAGAAACCCAAGCAGGUGACCAGUGUCGAUUCCACUAUAGCCACCUCCACCAGUACCACCACUGAGGCCACGAUCCAGAAGCAGGAAAAGGAGCCAAGCAAGCUCAAUGGAGACCAGGUGUCACUUGGAACCAAAAAGAAGAAAAGGAAGAAAAAAAGCAAAGACAAUGAGCCUUCUCCACUCCCACCUACAAACUGA